UUCCCCGCGGGCGGGUUCGGCGGUUUCCGUGGCAUGGGCUCUGCCGUUGUUAGGGUAACGCUAAGCAUCUGGGUGCGAGUGGAGGUCUGGAGGCCGCCAGGCAGGCCUCUGCGGGUCCUUGUCCCCACGCACUGGGCCAUCUGCGCUGUUACUAGCGGCGGAUCUGGACUUUACCUGGGACUAUGUAAUGUCACUAUGGCUGUGUAUGUUGAUCACAGAAUAGAAGUCCCUGAUUCAGUUGGGUCCCCUUCCCACAUAACUUGGCACCCUCUUCAUCCGCUUCUGGCUGUUGCUUCCGUUAGCCCAACAUCUGGAGGCAGUGUGGAUAUCUAUUUGGAACAGGGAGAGCAUGUGCCUGAUUCACACACUGAAAGGAGUUUUCGGGCCAAAUCCCUUAGCUGGCACCCAUCCCGACUGAUCCUUGCAGUGGGCUGGGAGACAGGGGAAGUGGUGGUGCUUAACAAACAGGACAAAGAGCACCACACAGUACCCCCCAACCAUAAUGCUGAAAUUACUGUUCUAAAGUGGAGUACUAAUGGUACCCGCCUUGUGUCUGGUGAUAGGCUUGGAGUCAUGGUUCUAUGGAGACUGGACCAGCGGGGUCGAGUGCAGGGCCCCCCUUUAUUGAAACAUGAAUAUGGAAAGUAUCUUUCUCACUGUAUCUUUCGGCCUCCAUCUCCUGGCGAGGACCUGGUACAGCUAGCCAAAGCAGCGGUGAGUGGUGAUGAAAAAGCCCUGGAUAUGUUUAACUGGAGAAAAGCUGGAAUCGGAGUGCCUCUGAAAGUGGGACCCCAGGAGGGGUUGUCCUUUUUCAUCAGUGUGACUGAUGGGUCUGUGCAUUAUGUGAAUGAAAAAGGAAAGACAAGCCAUGCAUUGAGCACAGACAGUCCAAUCCAAAAGCUCCUGAUCAUGGAGAAGAGGGAUGUUUUGGUGGUAAUAACAGAGAACCUCCUGCUGUCCAUGUACACACUCACUCUUGAGGGAGAAGCAGAGGAAAUCAUGAAGGUGAAGUUGAGUGGAAAAUUAGGUCACUUUGCAGACAUUAUUUUAAUCGACCAUAGCCUCCUUGUUACAGCAAUAGGUGAAACAGUCCUCAGGUUCUGGGAUUUAGAGCGGAGUGAGAAUUAUGUGCUCUUUCCAGAUGUGCAGCUUGGCUUUGAAGCAGGGGAAUGUAUAAACUCUGUGUCUUAUUGCACUGCUAAAGGUCUCCUAGCAGCUGGUACCAAUAAAGGGAGAAUAGCUAUGUGGAGGAAAGCAUCCGUGUCCAAUCAGAGCACACGGGCAUUGGAGGGCAAGGACAGAUGGAAGCUUCAGACCCCUACAGAACUGGAGGGGAAUAUCGCUCAGAUAAAGUGGGGCUCCAGGAAAAACCUACUGGCAGUGAACAACAUGAGCUCUGUGGUGAUCCUCAGCGAGCAGGCUAUGUCAUCUCAUUUCCACCAGCAGGUGGCAGUAGUGCAAGUGUCCCCAAAUCUGUUUAAUGUGACCUUCUUCGGUACAGGAGCCACACACAGCCUCCGCAUUGAUAUGCACAUUAAUGGAGUAUUUGCCACUAAGGAUGCUGUAGUAUUCUGGAAUGGGAAACAAGUCACUGUCUUUGAAUGCUCAGGAGCCACUUUACGAAAUGCAGGCUCUUUCCUCUGUGAUUCUCCAGUGCUGGCUAUGCAUGAAGAAAGCAUUUACACAGUUGAGCCAAAUCGGGUUCAGGUCCGCACCUGGCAGGUGAAUAAGGCACUCGUGGGUCCUGUUAACACCCUGCCUUCUGAUGAUUUGCGAGCCGACCAGGAGGUCCUUGAGAGGGUGGCUGCCAACCUGGGCCGAGGGGCACAGGAGCUCAAAGAGCCAAUGGACGCCCUUUUUGACAUCUGCGCCCCCCAAGACCUCCUGCACAAGGUGGCGCGCAACAUGGGUCUGCAGGCCAAGGAAGUGAUGGAAUCGGAGGACCCAGUGGUGGACUUUUUGGCCCCGGAAGGGGUCGAAUGCAAAAACUUUGUACCCUGGAAGAGCUACGAUUACCUCUUCACACACCCACAACCCUGCUUGCUAGUAGUUGCCGCCACGAAUGAGAAGGAGAGGCAUGGGCAGCAGGCCUCGGCACCUAAGUCUAAGGACGCCAAGUGGCUGGACUUGUUUGGCUGCAAUGUAUACUCCACAGAGGGGCUCCAGCUCAGGAUUGCUAAUCAGCAGACACUCCUGAGCUGCUACAACUUUAACUCCUGGAAUGCCAUGCUGAAGUUCAAGGAGCUUGUACCACCUGAGUGCAGGGAGGAGUUUGGGGCUCUUAUUGAUGAGGGCAAGAUGGUGUCAGGGACCUCUUUGCAGGCCUUGCUGGACGCUGCAGACUCAGCUGCACAUACCUUGUUUUCUGGGAUUGCCAUGAGGCGCACCUGCUGGUUGCAAGUCUCUGGCCUGCCUCCUGACGUUCAGCAGACACUGCAGGAUCUGCCCUUUGAUGGGGAGGGCCUGUUUGUGGAGCAGACUGACUCUAGGCUGCAUAGCCUUAAGAACUCGAGGGCAACGAUGAAGUCCCUGGGAAGUUUGGGCACUCUUGCCAUGGGGGCGAUAGAGGAGGUUCCACAGGACCUAAGAGACAAGCGGUUCUAUUCCUGCUAUUUCCUAGCCCCCAAGGCCAAAGGGGAUCUCCGCCCUGUUCUGGACCUGUGCAGGCUCAAAAAAUUCAUAGUAAAGCUGAAGUUCCGCAUGGUCUCCCUUGGCACCAUUAUCCCCUCCUCGGAUCCUGGGGACUGGCCAUUGCAAGCAUGGCUCACCUUAGUCGACUGCCCAGGGCGUGACAGCUUGAACUCAGUGGUCACGGUACCAGAGCAGAUCCUCGCCUCCCUUCACAGGUGGCUCGACCCCCGAGGAUCCAGAACACACCGGCAGACUGCCUCGGAGGUUCUUCCAUUUGCACGGGUGGUCUCUCUGGCCGAUGUCACCACAUAUUCCAAAGUCCUGUUCGAAAUCCACAAGGAGGAGGCAACCGUGAUUCUGAUAGCUCCAGUGUGGCCUCGCCAGCACUGGUACAUCAUGCCGCUGGAGCCGUCGGUGGACAUACCGGUCAUGUUGCCUCUCCUCCCCAACCUACUCACUCAGGACCAUGGUUGCCUCUGCCAUCCCGACCUCCGGUCCCUCCCCUUGGAAGGUGCAUGGCUGAACCCCAUGGAGCUUCUGCGUUUGGACCAAACAGCUUUCUUGGUUGCCAUUAUGUCUGCGAGACGCGUCUCUGAGCCGAAGGCCCUCAUCUCAGAACCGCCUUACACAGUCUUCCACAAGGAUAAGGUGCAAUUCAGACCGCACCCAGCCUUUCUCCCUAAGGUGGUGUUGAACUUUCACACCAGCCAGGACAUUUUCCUGCCUGUCUUUUACCCGAAACCUCAUACCGGUUCCCAGGAGCAACAGCUGCAUUCCCUUGAUGUCCGCAGAGCCCUAGCUUUCUCCAUUGACUGCACUAAACUGUCCAGAAAAUCUACCCAGCUCUUCGUGGUAGUCGUGAACCAAAUGAAAGGCCUCCUGGUCUCCUCUCAGAUAAUAUUCUUCUGGAUCACAUCCUGCAUUCACGCUUGCUAUGAGCUGUCCAGAGUGCCAACCCCAGCUCACACCACACACUCCACUAGGGCCCAGGCCUUGUCAGCAGCGUUUCUGGCCCACGUGCCUAUGCAAGAAAUAUGUAGGGUGGCAACUUGGUCUUCGGUGCAUACCUUCACCUCACACUACGCCAUCAUCCGGCACACCAGAGACGAUGCGGCCUUCCGAGGCAGCACUGAGAAUAGCUCCAACAACCAUGCCACCUUGUACAACAAUAAUGGCACCGCUGCCCACAACAAUGGCACCAGCAACAAUGGCACCAAUGAAAGCACCAGCACCAACAUCAGCAGCAACAGAGCUGUGGCGCUAGACCACUUUCUUCAUCAGAAGGAUUUGGUGGUAGCCUCAAUGCCGGAAUCUCUAGUACUUGGCACAGACUACCCCCCGGUGCGCACGGUACCAAAGCACCAAUUGUCACUGGUGGCCACUGCAUUUUCGAGCAAGGAGGAUGAUGAAGAGGUUUCCGAUGUGAAAUCAAUCCACAGUGGAAAAUCUGCUGUUCAACGAGAGGCGAAAGUGCACUGCAGUAGUAAGAACUUGACUGAGCUCUUUCCUGGCCUGGGGGGCAUUGCAUCGGUUAAAUGCAAUGCUAAUGGCAACAAAGUCAGCAUCCUUGUCAACAAGGCUGAUGACAGUCUUGACUCUAAGAUCUGUUUUUAUGAUAUUGAAAUGGACACAGUCACACUCUUUGAUUUCAAGGCUGGACGUGGGGAUGGUGGAGCCGUGCCCUUCUACUCUGGACAAGAGCCUGAAAAGAGUGUCACUGGGCAUCCAGAACUGCAAGAUCGCAUCCCUGUUAGCCACUUUUGGGACCAUGGUGACCCAAGACUUUUUGUAUGUGAAGCAGUCCUUGAACCAAACCUGCAGUUUCCAGACAAGCAGCAGCGACAAACAGAGAGCUCAGAAAGCACGCCGGAUGUUUUGAUUAUAUCAUUCUUCAGUACUGAAGAGCAUGGCCUUUUGCUUCAGGACAGCUUCCCAUUGCCUUCAACCUACCAGACUCUUCUGGGCAUCGAGGUGCCACAUUAUUACUUUGCAAAAAAGCCAGGAGAAGCUGAGAAGGAAGCACAAGUGGAAUCUGGCUCAGUACAACUCUCACAAAUGGUUGCGAAAAGGCCCAUGAGAGAUUUCAUUGGUCUGGAAGAAUGUGAUAAAACUACCCGUGAAGCUAUGCUGAACUUCAGCUUCUAUCUAACAAUUGGGGACAUGGAUGAGGCCUUCAAAUCCAUCAAACUCAUCAAAAGCGAGGCAGUGUGGGAGAAUAUGGCUCGCAUGUGUGUGAAGACGCAGAGGCUGGAUGUUGCCAAAGUUUGCCUCGGAAACAUGGGUCAUGCCAGAGGAGCUAAGGCAUUAAGGGAGGCGGAACAAGAACCAGAGGUGGAAGCCAGAGUGGCCAUGUUGGCGAUUCAGCUGGGCAUGCUGGAAGAUGCAGAAUGGCUGUACAAGAAUUGCGAGCGCUACGACCUCCUGAACAUGUUCUACCAGGCUUCUGACCAAUGGCAGAAAGCUAUCGAAGUAGCUGAGACUCAUGAUCGGGUUCACCUGCGCACCACAUACUACAACUACGCUAAACACCUGGAGGCCACUGCAGAGUGCAAUCUUGCACUCAACUACUAUGAGAAAUCGGACACACAUAGGUUUGAGGUGCCCAGGAUGCUCUCUGAAGAUUUACAAGCCUUGGAGAUCUAUGUCAACAAGAUGAAAGAUAAGAGCUUGUGGAAAUGGUGGGCACAGUAUCUGGAGAGCCAGUCAGAUAUGGAAUCCGCACUAAGAUACUAUGAGUUAGCUCAGGAUUAUUUCUCCCUGGUCCGUGUUUACUGCUUUCAGGGCAACAUCCAGAAGGCUGCUGAAAUAGCGAAUGAAACAGGAAACUGGGCAGCAUCCUAUCACCUGGCCCGCCAGUAUGAGAGCCAGGAUGACAUCAAGCAGGCUGUGCACUUCUACACUAGGGCCCAGGCAUUUAACAAUGCCAUCCGCUUAUGUAAGGAGAACAAUCUGGAUGACCAGCUGAUGAAUCUGGCUCUGCUGAGUUCCCCAGAAGACAUGAUAGAGGCAGCCUGCUAUUAUGAAGAGAAGGGGGAACAAAUGGACAGAGCAGUCAUGUUGUACCACAAGGCAGGACACUUUUCCAAAGCACUAGAGCUGGCUUUUGCCACACAGCAGUUUGGUGCCCUGCAGCUGAUUGCCGAGGACCUGGAUGAAAAGUCAGACCCAGCCCUGCUGGCACGCUGCUCUGACUUCUUCAGUGAACAUGCACAGCAUGAGAAGGCCGUGGAGUUGCUGUUAGCAGCCAAAAAGUACCAUGAAGCCCUGCAGCUUUGCUUGAAUCAGAACCUGACCAUCACAGAGGAGAUGGCUGAGAAGAUGACUGUCUCUAAGGACUCAAAGGAGCUCUCUGAAGAGUCUAGGAAAGAACUGCUGGAACAGGUUGCCGAUUGCUGCAUGCGGCAAGGCAAUUACCACAUGGCAACCAAGAAAUACACUCAAGCAGGAAACAAGCUGAAGGCAAUGAGAGCACUGCUGAAGUCUGGCAACACGGAGAAAAUUGUGUUUUUUGCUGGAGUCUCUAGACAGAGGGAGAUUUAUAUCAUGGCAGCCAACUACCUACAGUCACUGGAUUGGCAAAGGGACCCAGAGAUUAUGAAGAACAUCAUCAGCUUCUAUACCAAGGGAAAGGCCCUUGACCUCUUAGCUGGCUUUUAUGAUGCCUGUGCUCAGGUGGAGAUCGACGAAUAUCAGAACUAUGAGAAAGCACAGGGAGCACUGACUGAGGCAUUCAAGUGCCUGUCAAAGGCAAAGACGAGAAGCCCUGUAGAGCAGGAGAGCAAACUAGCACUUUUCCAAAGCAAGAUGGCUUUGGUCAAGCGAUUCAUCCAAGCUCGAAGAGUUUACUCUGAGGACCCCAAAGAGGCAAUCAGGCAGUGUGAGCUUCUCCUAGAUGAGCCAGACCUUGACAGUACCAUCCGCCUAGGUGAUGUCUUGGGCUUUCUGGUUGAACAUUACUUACAGGUGGAGGAAUUCCAGAUGGCCUACAGAUACUUGGAAGAAAUGCGGAAAAGAAUUCCAUGUGUAAACCUGACCUACUAUGUGAAUGAACGGACCAUUGAGGCAGUUCACAGAGGGCUGGGUAUCCCCUGGAACCGGAACCCUGCCCCAGAACGAAUUCACCACAACAGCAUGGAAGACAACAAGGAGGUGGAAGAGGAUGUAGCUGAUGAAGUCGAGGAUCCCUGAUGGCUUACUAUGAAACUGGCAACAUUCACAUACAGCUGUGAGGAAGUCUGGCCAUUGCUACAGCACCCAGCUACCUGGUCUAGGCUUGUUAAGGGCAGAAAGUCAAAUACUUCAGUAAUGCACAGCCUGCUGCUGUAGUCUGCUUGGGUCAUACCAAGAAGAUUUGUUUGUUACGUAUAAGCAAAACUGUUAAAGCUCAAGCACCAAGUCAGGGCUGAGGGACAGGUUGGGCCUCAGACAGCUAUUAUUAAUCUUACUUUUUUAAUGUCCAAAUUUAGAGAGAUUUUUAAUACUUCAAUAAAUUUUUAAGGAAAAAAAAUGAAUGUCCAAUAAUAAUUAAGGCAUCGGCUAAUCCUAAUCCCGUGAGUACAGGAGCAGCAGAAAAGUGAGAGCUAGACAUGCUCAAUUCAGCACUAACUGUCUAUGCAUACAGAAAACAGUUUAGUGAAGACACACUUUGCAAUGACAUGACAAGGCUUCAAAUAGUAGACAGCUCUAGUCUGUUAAAGGACCAACCCCUAGGACAACAGUGAGCUGUUUCCUGAGAGUCAAAACUCGAGGGAAGCAAGGCCCUUUUUUUUUUUUUUUUUUUAAACCAUUUUAUGAGAGAAUGGGUCCAGCAGUGCCUGAGUCAUGCAGAGCCUUAUCAAAAUUCAUAUCAGUACCUUCUGCAGAAGUAGGAGACUUCUUCCUUGUUAACUAGGCCUCUAGCUCUUGCAUUUAAUUUAGCAAAGGUCACUUGGAGUAGAACUUGCAGUUAUGGAAGAAGAAAUUCUACCUCCUCCACUCCUGUGUAGGUUGGACUGAGUAAUUUAUCCUGCACAGUUUUCUUAACAUGAAGCCUGUUUCCCAAACCAAACCCUAGAAUUAAAGUGGCUAAAGUUCAAAACUCUUUGCUUGAUCUUAAUUGGGAAAAUACUCCUAAGGAAACAUCAGGACCAUUCUCACUGGGCUUUGUCCUAAAGGGAGAAGACAAGCUUCCCUACCUCAUGACUAAAUAUCUAGGUUAAACAUGGAGGCAGGAUCAGACCUGUCAGUCUCUCCCUCUCAAUCUCACCUAAGCAAUGGCUACACUUGAAAGCUUACAGAAGCACAGCUGUACCACUAAGUGCUCAUGCAGCUGCAUUAUGCUGCCGGGAGAGCUCUCCCAGCGACAUAAUAAAACCAGCUCGUCAAGCGCUUAUGCUGGCAAAACUUACGUUGCUCAGGGGAUGCUAGCAUAGGCAUGACCUUAGGCCCUGCUGUUAUCCCUGGCAAGAUACCUGUAAGAGAAACAAAUGUGUUUUCAGCAACCACCUAAAACACAUUCCAUACUACCUCAUGCUAAAAAGGAGGGUUGGAGUGGCUGGUUUCCUUUGUCAGAUUUCACAAAUAUUGAGCAGUUUGGUGUUAAGGUAUAACUCGUUUCAGUCCCACUUUAAGAACAAGACAAUCCAGCUUUUAACAGCAGGUUCUCUUUAAUAGAAUGAUAGUAUAGACUUCAGCAUGUGAAGUGCUCAGUCUCCUUUCUCUGCUUGCAGAGCUUCCAACCAUAUUAAGACCAUUCACACCUGAGGAAAAAGACACCUUGUAACUAGAAACUAGAGAGUUCUUCCUGCCCCACACCAUCCCUGGUGGACAGUGUCUCUGCUCUAAGGUUAUGCACAUUUUCAGUAGGCAGGAGUCCGCUGGUGCUGUUCACAAUAUGCAACUGUUGACCAGAAUCAUCCUCUACAAAGAACCACUCAAUCCACAGUAUUCUUGCUACCAAGU